UUGGGGGGGGGUGAGAUUCCCACAGGGAGCCCUAACCUGGGCUCGAGUCUCGCCCCCAUCAGAUAGGAUGCCGGUGGGCAGAUUUGUCUGCUGAGUUACAGUUUCCUCCCCUGUUGCUGGGACGUCACCUUGAGCCCUGUCAUCUUCCCAGACCAGUGUGUGAAUUGAGAGCCUUUGCCCUCCCUGAAGUGCCCGGGGGCGGGUGGGGUCGGCGCUGAAAGCUGUGUAGGGCCCUUGCUGCGGGAGCGGUGCUGAGGGGCACUCCGGGAAGGCUUCAUGGAGAAGAUACCCGCUGAUUGGAAGGAGAGGGAGGGAUUCAGCAGACGAUGGUGGAAGAGGAGGACAUUAGGGCAAGUGUGUGAGCAAAAACCGGCCAGAGGGCUGGGCCUGACAUUGCUGGUGACUGCAUCCCUCUCCCCGCUUUUCCUGGCCCAGCUCUCCCUCCGGACCGUGAACUCCUCCCGUUCGGCCUAUGCCUGCUUCCUCUUUGCCCCGCUCUUCUUCCAGCAGUACCAGGCGGCCACCCCUGGUCAGGACCCGCUGCGCUGUAAGAUCCUGAUGAAGUCGUUCCUGUCAGUCUUCCGCUCGCUGGCGAUGCUGGAGAAGACCGUGGAGAAAUGCUGCAUCUCCCUGAAUGGCAGGAGCAGCCGCCUGGUAGUUCAGCUGUACUGCAAAUACGGGGUGAGGAAGACUCACAACCUGUCCUUCCAGGACUGCGAGUCCCUGCAGGCUGUCUUCGACCCAGCCGUGUGCCCCCAUGUGCUCUGUGCCCCAGCAAGGGUCCUGGGGGAGGCUGUUCUGCCCUUCCCCCCUGCGCUGGCCGAAGUGACGCUGGGGAUUGGCCGUGGCCACAGGAUCAUCCUGCGUAGCUACCAGGAGGAGGCAGACAGCACCGUCAAAGCCAUGGUGACCGAGAUGAGCAUCGGGGGGGAGGAUUUCCAGCAGCUGCAGGCCCAGGAAGGGGUGGCCAUCACUUUCUGCCUCAAGGAAUUCCGGGGGCUCCUGAGCUUUGCCGAGUCAGCGAACUUGUCUCUCAGCAUUUACUUCGAUGGCCCUGGCAGGCCAGCCAUCUUUGCCAUCAGGGACUCUCUGCUAGACGGCCACUUUGUCCUGGCCACGCUCUCAGAGCCGGACCCGCACCCCCAGGACCUGCGUGCCCCGGAGCUCCAGCAGCCAGCGCCUCAGCUUCAGGCUCACAGCACGCCCCACUUGGACGACUUUGCCCUUGAUGACAUUGACUCCUACAUGAUCGCCAUGGAAACCACCGUGGGCAGUGAGGGCUCACGGACACUGCCCUCCACCUCCCUUUCACCUGGCUUCCAGCCCCACUGUAGCCCUGGCUCCCAUUCAGAGGAGGAAGAUGACACCGAGCCCAGCACAGUGCCUGGGACUCCCCCACCCAAGAAGUUCCGCUCGCUGUUCUUUGGCUCCAUCCUGGCCCCUGCACACUCUCCCCAGGGUCCCAGCCCCGUGCUGGCUGAAGACAGUGAGGGGGAAGGCUGAGCCGAGAGGUCCUUGGAGGACUGGACCAGAGGAAGCCCCAGCCUCCCCAUCUCCCAGCGCCAACCAGGGGCGGGGCCAGCUCUCCUCCAGGGUGGGUGGUAGAGGUGGGCUGUGCUGGAGCUCAGCUGGCUGGUCCUGCCGCCUCCCCCAGGCCCUGCUCGGCUAUCUGUGACUGGCCUGGGUCCUGUCAUCUCCCUUUGGCCCCCAGUCGAUCAUGUCUGUUCCCAGUCUUGGUGCCGAGCUGCCACCUGCUGGGAGGCCCCUCACCUCUUAAUCCAACCAUGUGGCAGGGUUGGGGGCCUGCGUUCUCUAAGCCCACCUCCCUAAGAGAAAAACCUCGGUGGGGCUGCUGGCCCUUGCUGAUCCACCUUCUCUGCCAACCAGGACCUGUCCCUCCCUCAGAUCCUGGGUACACCUCGGGGAUCCCCUGUGGCUGGCACACACUGUUUUGCUUGCUUUUCCAAAACUCUCUGGCCCUGGCUUGGAAAUUCCAAGGGCCCCUGUGACCUGAGCGUGUGGCUGGUGUUUCCCUCGCUCGGGGCCCCAUGCCCAGCAAGCCUCCCAAGCGGCCCUAGGCAGAAGAGGUCGCCAGGCGAGGCAUUUGGGACAAGGGAGACAGACGCCAUGGCGAGAAUCCAGCUUUGACCUUU